AUGUCAAAGGAAAUACUCAAUGAAUUGAACAAUUUGACCCAGUUACCGUAUGAAUUAGCUUGGAAAAUACUUGAUGAGUUUGACCAGGAUGAUUUAGAAUGGUUUUACAACAUCUCAAAGUUUGAUACUCAAAGAUUGAUAAAUCAAAUUCAAUUUCAAAAUGUUUUAGCUGUGGAGUAUAAGAAUAGAAAAAGUCCAGAUCCAUCCAAAUUUUACUUAACAAUACAAGAGUUAGUUUUAAGAGUUCAAAAAUUUGGUGUUUAUCCAGUUAAUUUGUGUUUAAUAAAUGUACUGGGUUUUAAUUACAUGAUUUUCCAUCAUUCUGAAUUACUUACACAUAGUGCAAAGGUUGAACUAGUUAUUCAUAUGGAUACCGAGACAAAUAGAAAUAAAUUCAAUUUUAUAAUAAGUAGCUCAAAACUGGUUUAUCUAGAAAAAAUGGGGUUUUAUGCUCAAUCUGGUGAUGAUUUAUAUGAAAUUCCACGUUCAAUCAAAAAAUUGGAAUUUCAUGGUGAAACGUAUAGUUUAUGGGAAUUUGCAGAGGAUGAUUACUACACUAUGCAAACGAACGAUCAUUAUAAGAGAUUGAAAAAUUUUGAACAAUUGGAAGAAUUGUAUAUUUCAGGUUUAAUAGAUGGUGAAGUAUUUGCCCACUUUCCAGAAAGUUUGUUGACUUUACAUAUGUACAACGUUGAUUUAUAUAAGCCAUUAGUAUCACUUCCCCAAUAUUUAAGAAGUGUAUCAAUAAAAUUAAUACAUGAGGAAGAAUACGAUACUUCUUUACCACCAUUGCAAUUUUUAACUUCAUUAAAAGCUUCUGCUGGUAAUUUAAGUUCAUUGAAAAAACUAGGAUUGAUAACUCCAAGUCUUAAGUCAUUAAAUUUACAUAUACAUAAGUCAAAGGAGAAUCUAGAUGCAUUAGAUAUAUGUUAUAAUUUAGAAGUUAUAAAAUUAAACGCAUGUUAUCUACCUGAGAAGUUGUUUCAAAAAAAUUUACUAUAUUUCAAAGAGUUUGAAUUCGAAAGUCUCGAAACAGGUUUCAUACCAAAUUACGAUCAAGUAACUAUUCCAUCAAGUACUAAAAAAGUCACUAUUACGGAUAAGGGUAGAGUGCUAAAUUUGAAGAAAAUUAUAUUUCCAAUUGGAUUGCAAAAUCUUAAAAUUAUAGGAAAAGGUAUGCCUGUACCAGACUUGAAUAUUCCAGAUUCAGUCACUCACUUGAAGUUGGAUUCGAACAUAGCUAGUCUUGAUAAAUUCAAAUUUCCUACCCGAUUGCAAGUUGGUGAUUUCACACACAACUAUCUAAGAAAUAUUGAGAAUCUUGAUUUUUCAAAUUUGUUAAAUCUAAGAAUACUUGAUUUUCGUUGGAAUGUUAUGGGUCCUCAGAACAUUCCUGAUGUUCCAAAUGGUGCAGAUAUACUAUGUACCUUGGAUAAUUUGUUACCAAAUAACUUUUAUCAAUAA